CAGAACAAAUGCAAAUAAAUUGUCUGGACACAUUAAAAGUGCAACUGAAAUAAAUUGAACUAAAUAACAAAAUAAAUACAAGAUAAACUGUAAGUUGUUUUAGUGAAAUACACACACACAUACACACCAAGAUACAAUUACACUCGAUGAAAGAAAGAACAAAUUGAGUAAACAAGGCCACACAAACAACAUUUAUACGAUACCUUUACAAAAUUUGCCCAUUUGAAUCUAGCUCAUUCACAAUCCAGGCGUCAACAGCAAAUACAAAUACAUAUUAGUCAAGUGUGGUCGGACAGCGGCAGACAGGAGCACCACCACCACCACCACCGCCACCUUCACCUCCACCACCACCAUCGACAAGACCACCACAGAAAUCACCACUUCACAUUCAGUCCAGCACCAUUCAGCCACACAGGACAUUCAUAAACAUCCUUGAAACAAGAACAACAACAACAACAGCAAAAUGAAUUUAAUGUUUCGCAAGAAUUUCCGCGAGGGCGCCAGCAAAUCUGGCGGCGGCGGGGGCAAACUCCAAUCGAAGGCGAACCGCACCAAGCGAUCCAGAGACAUGGGACUCGUCCAGCAGCCGGAGGAGAUACAUUAUCGCACUCAUCUCUUCUUUUCGCCCAAUCGGCCUGGCUAUGAUGUGGGCGAAGAACGAUGUAGCGCACUAUCGGGCAUUCCCGGUACCCCGACCACAGCCACGUCCUUUACACUGCCAUCCAAUCCAUAUGAAGUGGACUUGCCACAGCCGCUCGUCGAUCGAUCCGUCUCUCUAAUGCGUUGGAACAGCACCAGCGGCAGCGGCAGCGGUAAUAGCAACAGCAACAGCACAAAUAACAGCCUCAUCCGACUGCAGCAACCGUUGCAGUUGCAGCUAGGCCAACAGCAGCAGCAGCAGCAGCAGCAACAGCAGCAGCAGCAGCAUCAGCAGCAACAUGCCUACUUCUACCAGCAACAGCAGCAACAACAAACGUGCAGUGCGACGAGCACUUUGCUAACAGCUGCCGCAGCGGCAACGCGGCAAGGCAACUUUGGUGGCGGUGGCAACGCAGGAACAACUCGAGCUGAGCCCAUUUCAUUGGCAACCCUGGACCGAGACUGUUUCAUCAUUCCAGUGCAUAGUGUUGAUCGCUUUCUACCAGCUGGCAUUCCCCUGCCUGCUCUGAAUGCCGAGGGUAAAGCAACCAGUCCGCUAAGUGUGUUGGAAGUCUCAGAUCCCAAACUAUGUAUACUUGUGCAUCUUAUGAGUCCACUUGAAGCCAUUGAUCCCGUUAUGGAAUCGCCGCUCUCACAUCCGCUGCUCAAGCAACGCGCCAUCGCCGCUGAGCUGCUAACGGAAGUGCAACAGGCCAACACAGCUGUCGGCGGCAUGAUUCUGGCCAACAUGGAGAAAAGCUCCGAAUUUCCAUUUAUCUCGUAUUAUCUUAUUAAUACGAUGCAAACGGAUCCAUCGAAUUUUUACUCCAGCCUGCGCGUCUCGUCGCUUUCCAAAUUCGAGCCCAAAACACUCAAAUACACUGCCGCCCACACUCUGGACCUUUACAGCGAGGUAGCCGCCAUUUGCCGACCACCUUUGGUUUUGCCCUCGAAUGAGGCUGGCAGCUUUAAGAAGUCGCAGACAUCGGCCACCGGCUACAUUAUCAGCGUAUUCAAGGUUUUUGAAGGCGACGACGGCGAGCGAUUCGAAAAGAAUUGGCUUUAUUGGACUGGCGCUCGUAUGCUGUACAGAUAUUUGCCACGUGCUGCGGGCUUGCGACGAAUUGCUUUGCACAAAAGCACCUCACAGAAAGGGGACAAAAUGUAUCUGUUGGUCUGCGAGUGUGCGGACCUAUUGAAGGAUAUAUCGUUGGCCGCUUUUUUGAUACCCGCACUGCGAGCUCGGCUCUGCGGCUAUACAGGACUCUAUCGACCAAUACAGACUUUCUAGAGCAGAUCUAUAGCUAUAUCGAUAAUUAUAACUAUAUUUUUCUAUGCUGUAAAUAGUUGAAGACUAGAGUAAAGAGAGAGAGCACGAUAAAUGCUAAAGCUGCAAGUUAGGUGAUUCGAUUUUAAACUACUUAAUAUCUAUACAAACUUGCAUUGGGCAACACACAAUAACUUUGACUCUUAUAGGCACAGAUACAGACACACCUACACUCAGAGACAGGCAAUAUCAUUAGCAAGUAGACAAUAUACUCAAGGUAACUCAUAUCGUAUUUGUUAACAAAUUUUUCUACAUGUAGGCGAAAACAAAUAAUAGGACCAUAUCUAGAAUGAAAUGUUAAAGCAACUUCCAUUUUUAGCCUGUGCAUAUAGAUUUUCGAGAUUCAAAAAUACUAUAUAUUAUAGCCAAGUUACGCUGAAUUUUUAAUAAACUUAUUAAUACAAUUGCGCUGAAAUGUAGGCUAUGAAAAUUACAUGUCAAUUCUUAACUAACACAUAUGCUCACCUCACACACACACACACACACACAGAGAUGUACUUGCAUAUAUACAAAAUAUAUAGAAAAAAGCAACCACAUUUAAUGGGUUCAAAAACUAAUCACAAUUAAGUGCUGCAUAUAUGGUAAAUGUAAAUGUGAAAACAUUGCCCAAAUCUAACAAAAAUCUGCCAACAAAUCGAUAAUUAAAGUAAUGUUACAAAUAAUAAACAGCUCUAUUUAACAUCAUAGCCAGUUCAAAUUAUUAAAAGCAAGCCAAAUAUUAAUAAUACGAGUAUAGAAUUCUAUAAUUUUUAUCAAAUUACCUAAGUCUAAGUCUCUCACUUUCGUACCAAUUCCUUGAGCAUACUUUAGAUAAAUAAUUAUUGAAUAGCUUUUUAUUUCAAUUUUGAAAACAACCUAAAAGUAUGCUAAGCUUUUGUUCAUACGAAUUGCUAAGGAAGUAAAUUUUGAAUCAGGCUUAUAAUAAACAACAGAUAAAAGAGAGAGAGUAGCUUAGUUUUUUUAACCAUAAGUGAUGGACUGUAAAUACCUUAGUUUGACAUGUUUUUCUACUUUGUUCGAGAAAUUUAGUUUUGCACAACAAAAAGAAAAUCAAAAAGUGCUGUGAUAAUUAACAACAUGAUUCGAUGAAAUGUGUAAAAGAUGCGAAUGCAUUCAAUUGGAGCAGAAUCAAACACAAUAAUAACAAUAAUUACUAAUUUACACUAUUUAACUAACGUUUUAAGUUUUAUUUUUACAAACAACUAUUUUAAUUUAUGAAUUCCUCACACAGAAACCGCAAUGAUAUCAAUACUUUAUUUUAAUAAUAAUAAUCAUAAUAUUGCCAAUUAGUUUGGCUUACAAUUUUAAUUUAUUUUAGAGAACCAUCCCAUGUAUUUUCGAUUUUCUAAAUUACUUUCUAUUAUUUUUAAAUUA